AGUCUGUUUCCAUACUAUAGGGAAUCUAAUCUAUGAAGUGUCUGAAUCCUGCAUGAAUACAAAGUAUUUCAAAAAUAUCAAUUACGUACAUGUAAAUCAUAAUAUGCUAAUUUAAUGACAACGUUACAAUGUGUUCAUUUUAAAUUUUCCUUUAAGGUAUAUAGGCAUUCCUGGCAAACUAACAUUUGCCAAUCCCUAAAAUGCCCUUUUCAGGUUAUGGUGAAUUAAAACUAGGUUGACGAAUAGUUCAUAAGACUUGCAUGAUGCAGCAGGGUCCUAUUCAGUUAAUCUUAUAUAAUGCAUGAUACACUAACUAUAGUGAAUGCUGAGGUCCUUGAUUUCAUACGUGUGUCAGUCCAUAGUCUUGAUGCUCAUUGCAGGUAAAGAAAGGACUAAUUUUCUGUUCACUUGAAAUGGCUGAUAUUUAUUUUGUUACAGAUGAUAAGUGUUUUAAUGAUUCUUUGUCUCCAUUUCAGGCCUGUUUUAUUAUUGCUUUGAAUGGCACAAGUUCAAUUAUCGUGACUUUAAAUUGCACCCUAGUGGAGUUUUUAAAACAGGCAGCAAUGUUAUCUGUUAUGUCAAACGAAGCUGCCAGGUGCCUGAGGAAGAGUCUCAGGCAGUUUUCCUGGUUAUGGUUUGUUCGUCGUUGUAGCUGCAAAAGGGAAAUAUCCGACGACAGUACAUCAGUCAAACAGAAGCCCACAGUUAAAUCUGAGAAGACAUUAAAGUCAAGUAAGAGUCAUGAACACGACUUCAAUAAGGCAGACUUGGAUGUUAAAGGUAAUGCAGAGAGAUUAACUGAGUUCCCAAAGAACUUCCACGGGUCUGCUACAUUGAAAAUGAUAAAAAGACCAGCAAUGAAUCUUUCCACUGGAACUUCAAGAAAACGAAAUAAUGCUAGUUUUAUUUUGCCAUCUCAAAACCCUUCUAAAGUCAUACAUACACAAUUGAACUUGAAACCUAGUCAUGUCCGCAACUUGGAAUUUCUCAACCUUAGAAAUGAUGAUUUUACUAAAAGAAAAAUAUCAAAGAUUUCUCCAUUCAUUGAAAGAGAGCCAAAUUCAGAGAUAUUGUUUGGCAUUGCACCUUGUAACCUGGCCCUUUCCCAAUUGCGUAGAAAGAUUUUCAGACUGUUUGUGAAAGAAAAUCGAAGUCAGCGAGCUGAAAUGCAGCAAAUCUAUCAGCGAGUAAGGGAAAUCGGAGUGCCAGUACAUCAGUUGAUGAGAAAGGUUCUUGACAGGCUAUGUGAGAACCAUGUUCACCAAGGUAUUUGUCUUGAGGUGACACCCCUGGACUAUGUGAAAUAUGAUCAAUGCUCUUCAACAGAUAUUGAUGGUUCUGAGUUUGAACACAGUGACAAACCGAUUUUGUGGCUGGCAUUGGAAGGAAUCCAGGAUCCCAUGAACAUGGGAGCUGUGCUUCGUUCAGCUUACUUUCUUGGAGUGGAUCUUGUUCUUGUAAGUCAGCAAAACAGUUGUUCUCUAACACCAACUGUGAGCAAAGCUAGUGCUGGAGUUCUUGAAGUUAUGACUAUAUAUUGCACUUCUAGUUUACCUCAAGUACUAACGGCAAAAGCAGCCCAAGGCUGGCAAAUAGUGGGAACCGUUGGAAAGUCUACAGAGGCUACCUUUGCACCAGUCAUUCCCUGUGCAGAAUUCCAGUGGAGGCAACAGACGAUUCUGGUUCUGGGAAAUGAAGGUUUUGGCCUUUCUGAUGAUGUAAGCAGCCUGUGUCAUGCAAUGCUGACGAUACCAGCAGGUAGAGGCUUGCAACCUGGGAUUGAAUCUUUGAAUGUGUCUGUUGCUGCAGGAAUUCUCUUACAUGGUAUAGCCAGCAAGAGAAUGAAAACAUGACAAAGGCAUAUCUCCUUAUGCUGGUCUCCCUACACUUUUACACUUGCUUUAAAUCUGGAAAUAGUUUGGUGGCUGUCUGUAAUAAAGCUUCCUGACUGGACAAAUUUAAGUGCUGUGUACAUUGGUGCUGUGUAAUUUGUAAUUCACUCUUAUCAUGUGAACCCAACAGUUACAGAAUAAAUAAAGCUGCUUUAUAGACUGACCUUUGUAGAAAUGGUGUUCGAAUGUAAAUGACUGUUUGUAUAAUUGUGACCAUCUGCUUGGGUUAAGUUUUGACUUCUACCUUCCCUACUCUGUGGGGAAUUUACCUGCAAAUUCCUUUGUGUGAUAUUGUAUAUGCAACCGGUUGGGCAUUAACUGUGGGAAUAAUGCUAAUAAUCUGGAACUUGCAAAGAUUGCAAUGAACGUGGAACAUAUUUCUUAAAAGGAAUGUAUGCAUUAUAAUAAAAUCUAUGGCACAGAAAUGGCCAUUCAGCUCAAUGGAUUUGAGCCCCACACAAGCCUCAUUACGCUGUACUCCAUCAAACGCUUACCAACGUACUCUUUUAUUCCUUUUCCCAUCAUGUUUGACUACCUUCCCGUUAGACAAACCUGUCAACAUUCUUUGUAUAUUUAAUAUUUGUUAACUUCAGAAUACUUUUUAAGUUACAUUUUCAGUAACAGUCUGGAUCACUCCAGAGGCAUGUCAGCAGCAAUUUGCAUAUUGUUGGAACUUAAGUAUUGUUAUGGUGUUAAUUGUUUCACUGCAGGAAACCUGCAUGGAAUAAUGGUUAUUUUACGUAUUGUGCACAGAUGUAAAUGUAUUUUCUAUACUUGGGCAAGGUUAUAUAACCUAUAAAAUAGGUUAAGAAAAUAAUUCUGUUUCGGCUAGAUUAUACAUACUUUUUACUGUCUUGUCUUGCCAAUUUUUGCCUAUCCACUGAAGAUGAUAUUUCUUUGCCUCUGUUCAGUUCCACUGGCACAGGUUCAAAUGUACAGAUAUACAAAGUGACAAACUGAGAAAGAUUAGUUGAUGCAUGACUCCUUUCCCAUUCAGCCUUGUUACAACGAAUUGACAAAGCUUGCAGUACUGCAGCCCUCCAAAAUGUUGUGUAACCAAGUGGGAAAGGGGGAAGUCAUAUUUAAAGAAACUGUAGCCUAAAUCAGGGAAAGAAAGAAUUAUCUGAAACUGCUUGUGUGCACCACCAACACCCCCUUUUCCUCCCCCUUUCCAAGCUAAUGAUGACCAUGAGGUACAUUCCACAUAACAUUUAAGUACAACAUUGACAACAUCCAGGAUUGCAAUUACUGGGUAAGGUAAUUACCUAUUCCAAAGGGCAACAAUCAUUCAGGCAUUAACCAAUUUUAAGCUAACAAAGCUUGUAUCCAUAUUCUCUCAUUUUCCCUAGUUUAGGUUAGAUUUAGAUUAGAUUAGUUUCCCUACAGUGUGGAACCAGGCCCUUCAGCCCAAAAGGUCCACACCGACCCUCCGAAGAGUAACCCACCCAAACCCCAUUUCCCUCUGAAUAAUUUAAUCUUUCCACAGCCUACUCUGUUCCAUAGAAAACCUAUACAAAUAUAUCUUUGAGCUAAAAUAUUUCCGAAUUGGCAGCAUCUGCAUAAAGUGAAUCACAGAAUCUCUACAGUGUGGAAACAGGCCAUUUAGCCCACCAAGUCCAAACUGACCCUCUGAACAGUGUCCUACCCUAUCUAAUUCAUUGAGGUAUCCCACUAUAAGGAAGGGCCCUGCAGAAGCCAAUGAGAAAUAAUUUGUUAAUAUGUGCAUAAUCUUUAAUUCCUUUAUUAUUUUAAAUAAUUCUGCCAAGCCUCCCUAGACUUUUCUAAAGUAAAGAGAUCCAGUAACAGUUAUGGACUUUUAGAUUUGAUUUUAAUAUAGGUUCCCUACCCUAAAUGCUUCUAUAUCAUCCAUCAUGGGGAUAAACUAAGCUUAACUGAGGUCUGAUUUUGGGACAUUAUAGCAGGGUCUUAAGAAGAGAAGUCAGAAAGAGAGCACCAGCAUGAACUGGCUUCUUUGGGUCCAGCAGCUUCAAAACUGCCUAUCUCCUUCCAGAGAGAAGCUAGACUGCCCUGCCAAAACCAAAUCACACCAGUGAAAAGCUGAGCUGGGAGAACAGACCAUUCCCGUUUCAUUGUACAAGCUUUUUUCAUACUUGAAAGCCUUUUCCCUGAGGUAGUAACUGUUAGUUGUCAUGAAACUGGCCCUAAAACACUUCAACAUAGACUUUUUGGAGUCUGUGUCUUUUAUGACCUCUCUGGAAAAAAACCAAAGACAGCAUAACCUUGUUAAAGGAGCAUCAUCAUUACAAGCCGCAAGAAGCAAAUAUUGUUUUUUGUUGUAUUCUAAUUGACUGGGGAAAACAAAAUUAAACACGAUUGCAUCUC